CCAACGUCCUCUGGAAGCAGCCGGUCAUCCCCGAGCGAAAGUACCAGGAGCUCUCGAAGCUUGAGGAAGGGGAUGCCAAUAUGAAUGCUCCUGUCAUAACUCCUUCAUCGUCCACUGAAAGUGUGAACAAGAUACCUGUGGUGAAGGCCAAGGCCACUCACAUCAUCAUGAACUCUCUAAUUACAAAGCAGACUCAGGAGAGCAUUCAGCGCUUUGAGCAGCAGGCAGGGCUGAGAGACGCUGGCUACACUCCCCACAAAGGCCUCACUACUGAGGAGACCAAGUAUCACUGGGUGGCUGAGGCAGUCCACAAGCUAAAAAUGCAGAGUGGAGAGAUGACGAAAGAUGACAAACAGACUUCUUCUGCUCAGUCCACUCCAAGCAGCACUCCCCAUUCUUCUCCUAAGCAUAAAAACAGGGGUUGGUUUAGUCAGGGAUCCUCUAGUUCUCUCACUGGCCCAGACUUUGCCAUGGAAGCUGGUGGAGACAAAUUGCCAUCAGAAAGAUGGAGCUUUUUUGGACCCAAAGCCAUCCAGAAAUCCACCACUGAUCCAGGAGGAUUUACCAUCCAAUCCUAUAAAGGUGCCCAGAAGCCAUCCCCGAUGGAGCUGAUGCGUGCUCAGGCUACUAGGAUGCCAGAGGAUCCAGUCACCUUCAAGCCCCCCAAAAUGGACAUUCCAAUUGCAGAAGGGAGGAAACAAUCUCCACGUUCCCAUAAUAUCAAGCCUCGGGAUCUGAAUGUGCUCACUCCUACUGGGUUCUAGGAAGAAUGCUUCUGGUGUCUUUAGUGGGCUACAGGGUGUCUUUAGGCUCUGCUUCCCUGUCCCAUUGUGCUGCAGUAAAAUAGGAAAGUCUCCCUUCAGCUCUACAUCUCAGAAAAAGUUAUGACUGUCCUCCUAGAGCCAGCCUGGGAAAAAAUCCUGCACUAGUACUAAACCAAUGUAAACCAUCCUGUCUGCUGUAUUGCACCAGUUGGGUCUUCUAGGCUGCACUAGAUGUGCUUCCCAGUACUCUUCACCACAGUCAAACCUUGAAUCGUUCCGUGGGACAGGACUGCGUGUGGUGUACAAGCAGGCUGGCUUGUCUACCUGUAGUCCGAUUGUUGUCCUGCUCAGUGCUGCAGUACCUGCAGGAGGACUGUGGUUCUGUCUGGUAGAUGGAGAAUGCCAAAAGAAAAUCAUGAAAACAAGCAAGCACUGAAAACUGCAACAUUAACUGCCAGAAGGAAGCUGCUCUGGGAAUGUGGUGGGUCAGUUUUAAAUGUGUUGCUCCCUUACUAUCCAGUGUGACCUUAUUGUUUAACACUUAGUUCUUGGAAUUUUUUUAAAGGAAAAAUGGACCAGUGACCAUUGAGGCACUUUCUAGAAAGGCAGGGAGUAGAAUCUAAUAGGGCUUGGCAGUAACAAGCAAGAAUUGCUUCUCUUCCAGCUCUUCAUGUUUCUCCAAAAAUGUGGAAAUGACCAGAGCUGGUGUGGCUUGAAUGAAGUAAUCCUCUCUCCUUUCUGCAAAACAACACUGUCCUGUUCUUUCCUAGGCAACAGACUUACAGAUGUUCUGGCACUCUGGGUGCUGCUUUUUUUUUUUUUUUUUUUUUUUCCCUAACAUUUUGUAUGAAUUCUGUAGAAGUGUAUUAGACGCCAGCAGCACUUCUCAAAUAGGGUUUUUUGUUUCCUCAGCAUUAAAUAAAUGCAUUUUUCAGGGCUGGGAGAGGACUGAGGGCAGAUCAAGCUUAAACAUCCCUCCUGGCUAUGAUACAGCUAUAUGUAAUUUUUGGCCUAGUCAGAACCUGUUACUGGGAACAGCUAACAUUUGCUUUUGUGAGAAGUGGAAGGAACUCCUGGCUACCAUCUAAUCCUUUAAGCGUUAUAGGCAGCAUUGCUCUGUAAUAUUCAUUUGUCCUGUGGCAAACAGCUUUCCUCUCUGGAUCCCAUGGUUGUUGCAGAGCUCCUUCAGCCAGCAGCAGGCUUUCUGUAGCUGCCAGGUGGCAGCAGCAGCCUUGCAUCUGGUACUGGGAGCUUCUCCGUUGCCAGGACUUUAUACAGAGGUUACUUAACUGGUAACCGUUGAGCUCUGAGGUUUCUGCUGCCUUAAACCAAACAUUCCUCCUGGAGGCUGAGGCAGGGUUGGCUCACUCAGCUAGCUGCUGUCCCCUCUGAAGAAGCACGUUUUGUGGCUCUGCUUCCUCUCGAGCUUUGACAACACUGCCAGUGAUGUAUUGUGUUGAAAGUUUCCCACCCAACUAAGCAGUUUGCAGUGUCACCACUCAUUUGCACCUUGGCAAUCAGUGACUCAUUUGAUACUAAUUUAUUUGUUGUCUGUAUUCAUGUCUCUAAUGUGUAUGAUUUUUUUGUUUGUUACAAGAAAAUAAAAUCCUGUGAAUGGA